GAUAAAUUAUACUAGUAUCAUUCUGAUCACCCUCUUUUAUAAUCCUUUUUAUGUUAUACCAGCAGAUUCUUUUGUAGAAACCGUUUAAUUAAUCACUACUAUAUUAGUCUAUAUACCCAAAGAGAAAUAAAAAACAAAAGAGUUGUAAGGAUUUUAUUUAUUAGGAUCAUCUAGCUGCAAUUAUGGAAGGAGCUAAUAAUAACAAAACAAUUGUCAUGGGUCCGCAGUUUUGUUCUCCUCAGCCUCUUCAACUAUCAAUAAAGAAGAAGGUUUACUUCUUGCCUGGGCAUGGAUAUGAAGUUAAAGAUGAUUUUGGUAAUAUUGUUUUCACUAUUCAAAGUGUUGUUGGGUUAUUUCGUAGCAAGGUGCUCAUCUUUGAUGCUGCUGAUGUACCAAUUCUCACCCUAAAAAGAAAGAAUUUUACGUGGCAUAGCACAUGGCAAGCUUUUACGGGAGACAGCACACAUGAAAAGGACCUCAUAUUUAGUGCCAAGACUUCUUCAAUGUUCCAAUUUACCACAAACUUGGACAUUUUCUUAGCCAAUAGUAUAUCAGAACAAGUUUGUGAUUUUAGGAUGAAGACUAGCUAUAUGGGGUCAAAAUGUGAUAUUUUUGCUGGACAGUCAUCCACUCUAAUAGCUCAGAUGAAUAAAAACAAUACUGCAGGAAGUAUAUUCCUAGGAAGAGACAAAUUCAUGGUGAGAGUGAAUCCGAGCGUGGAUCAUGCCUUCAUAGUUUCACUUAUAGUUAUCCUCGAAGAGAUCACGAGCUCAGCGAAAAGCAGCAGUCAUUCCUCAACACACUAAUGGAUCUAGCAUUUUUUUUCCUUUGUUGAUUCUUUGGCCAUUUUUUUUAGUAUAUUGGUGUGAAUAUGAUAUUCGACAUUUUAUAUUG